AUGUCCGCGACGCUGGCGGAUCCGUAUCGAGAGUAUGCUAUUGAUUAUUCUCAACAUGCUACCUGCAAACCUGAGGAACACGCAGGCACGCUUGUUUACCACUCACAGCAGCCGCAUCUCCAGCAUCACAAGCAGCCCGAGCCUCCAUUCUCUCAGGGGGCCUCUCAUAGCACGACGGCAUUUGGGCAACACCAUGCGAACGCGACCGUGUUGUCAACAGCCACUCCGCAACAAACAGUCCAUGAUAUCUCGCAAAGCGUUGUCCUUGGCCCGCCCCAAAUGCUCCCACGACACCUUCCAGUGCAGUAUCCACCUGCCAGCUUCGACCCGCCUAUUCAGCGCGAGAAGAAACGCCCUCAUUCGGAGACCGAAGAGGAUGGGAACGCCGACCAUGGCCUGCGGCCACAACUAUCAGUCCUCUCAGCCGAUGCCCCUCACGAACCCUCGCAUUCUCCCGAGAUGCUCUUCGGUGUCCAUGGCACAUCAUCUCAGCAGCAUCCCAUGUCAAACCAUGGAUUCGGACCCACGGACUCUGUGGCCCUGCCGCAACAUCACCAUCACCAUCGACUCCCGCCCCAUGCAGCGCUGCGCGCCCCGGGGCGUCAUGGAGUGAAUGUGGAAUCGCCUCCUUUGCCCUCGGGUCCGCCGAGUGUGGUGGGCCAGCCUGGAAUGCCGGAUCCAGCUCCCAGGCCCCGAGGUCCAAAACUGAAGUUUACUCCCGAAGAAGACGCUCUACUGGUGGAGCUGAAGGAAAACAAAAACUUGACAUGGAAGCAAAUUGCAGACUUCUUCCCGGGCCGAACGAGCGGCACCUUGCAAGUCCGAUACUGCACCAAGCUGAAGGCCAAGGAUGUGGCUUGGAGUGACGAAAUGGUACAAAGGCUGCAACGGGCAAUGCACGAAUACGAGAACGAUCGGUGGCGUAUCAUUGCAGGGAAGGUUGGAAAUGGCUUCACCCCAGCUGCUUGUCGCGAGAAGGCUAUGCAACUCCAGUAA